AAGUAGGAAGUCGUCCGAGGUCGUUGGAUCGUGGCUGCUGUUGCGAUUGUUUACGCGCGAGAGAGAAAACGGAUCGGUUGAUUUUCAUAAUUUGCGUGGUACAUAGAAUCCGCACACGUGUUACGACUGGGACUAUCACGUGGAUUGUACGCAGUGGGCCAACCGAUUGGGAGCAUUUUUUGGACGAAGCUACACUGUCACAUCGCAAGAUCAGACAUCAGAAAAUUAUCCGUCAUUCUGGAGACUUGGCUGACGAAUCCUUUCGACGAACACGGAAAAGAGGUUAAGUUAAGUUACGACUGACCCGUGCGUUCGGAAAUUUUGAAUCAUUUGUUGCGACCUUCCAAGCGGUAAGAAAUGAAAAACUGGUAAUGUUUUCGAUAUCGAUACAUUCAAUUCUAAUAGAUUCUUUUUCGGGAUUUUUUGAUUAAGGAAAUCGACGAAAUGUGAAGAAAAAAGCUUCGUGUUACAGUAAUUUUAAUUCAUUUAAUUCCUGCCAAUUUAUAAUUUGUGCAUAGUUUAGUUGAGAAAUUGUAUAUUAAGCGAAGAAGGAUUUGUAGAUUUGAGAUUUCUAAAUUAGUUUAACAAAAACACUGGACAGAUAUGGCGGAUCAAAAUUUGUUUUCGGGGCACAUACACAGUAUGGAAUUUCAAGAAGAGUUCCAAAAGUACUGGCAUUCCCAAAGCGAUUUCAAGGGUACCAAUCUGGAAGUCAUAUCGAAACCUUUUAAAGUCUGCAGGAUAUCAAAUUUCUUGAGGGAUGAGAAAUUUAUAGAGAAUUUAAAGAGCGAGUUGGAACAUCAUAAUCAUAUACGUAAAGUUCACGAUCUUUAUCAGUUUGAGAGAACCGAGGAUCUGUUCUAUGCCAAUGAUCAAUGCAUCCAAAGAUUGAACAGAUCUUUUCGAGACGAUUUGACAUCAUGGAUGAAGCGUAAUACAGACAUUGAACUGAAUAAAAAAGUCUCGAUGUCGAGUGCCCGUUACUUCAAUACAGAUUACUUGUUGUGUCACGACGACAACAUGGAUGAUAGAAGAAUCGCGUAUAUAUUAUAUCUGACUGAUGAUUGGUCAGAGGCAGAUGGUGGUGCCUUAGAUCUUUUUGACACGGACGAAGAAGGCUCGCCUAGAAAAGUAGUGAAGUCAUUAAUCCCGAAAUUUAACUCUUUCCUAUUUUUUGAAGUGGCAAACAAUUCCUACCAUCAAGUGGCCGAGGUAUUGACAGACAAAAAAUGCAGAUGGUCGAUCAACGGUUGGUUUCACGGACCGUUAAAAAAGGAUUUCCAUAAGUCGCCAAGAUGCGAACCAGCCAAGACUUUUGUGCAACCAAACUCCAUCGAAGUGAAAUUGCUCUCUUGGAUUUCCGACGAUUAUUUAGAGCCUAGCAUAAUGGAGCAGAUUCAGGAAGAGGUUGAGAUGUCCUCUUAUACAUUUCUUAAAGGUUUCUUGAAGGAAUCGAUAUAUCAACAAAUCGCAAAUGAUUUAACGUCGAAGGAUAUCAGCUGGCGAAUGAUCGGUCCAGCGGAUAUACGUCACUACGAGAUAGCCGAUGAACAGACUUUACCGAAAGUAUUGAAAGAUUUCUGUGAUUUAUUCAAGUCUAUUUCCUUCUUUCGAUUGCUAAAGGAAUAUACAGGACUCGACUUGGUACCUGAAGAAGAUAAGAAACCUAAGAUGACGCUAGAGUUACAGAGAUGGUCGACGGGUUGCUACACAUUGUUAUACAAUAGAUCGUUAUUGAAAGAUACGCUAGACGAGCCAGUAAAGGCUGACCAAUCUGACGUGAGCAUCGGUGACGCUGCAUCGCGAGCAUCAACCUCCAAAUUGAACAUAAACGAAACGCAUCAAGAAUUGAAAAGGAAGCGACUUGACGAUCCUCCUUCCCCAAAAGGAAGUUCGCCUAAUAAAAAAAAAGUAGCCAAACAUCUUGACGGUCAAUCAGAUGGUAUGCAUUCUUCGAGUAACUACGAAUACGACGAGGAUAAAGUUUCCUUGUCUCCGGAUGAAUUGUCUCGCAGUGGUACACCAAUCAGUGAUAAUGAAGAUGAAUCUGCCAAUAAGGAUGACGAGCUUCUGCUCGACGUGAUAAUACAGUUUCAUGCUCAAGACGUCAAAGGUACGCCAAAGACAGAAGACACGAUAGACUUUGUGGAUUCUGAUGAGCAGGAAGGUAUUUUAAUCCAGAUUCCAUCACGAGAUAAUCAUCUCUCUCUAGUCUAUAGGUCAUCCAUGAUAUGUCGUCUUCAACGAUACCUGAAUCAUUUCUAUGAUGGUUACUCUUACACUUUUAUAUGUACAUAUUACGAGUAGUCAUGUCUGAUAUAAAGUUUUUUGUUUCUAAGUCUAAAUUAGCUUUACUGAAAGAAAUUAUAAAAGAAAGAAAAGAAAAAGAAAAAGUAUUGUAAAGUAUAACUGUUGGUUUUGUUGCGAUCAACCAAUGUUACAUUUUCUCGAAUCGAGAUGAGCAAUGUUCUUCUUUGCGAAUGAAAUAUUUUUUUCAUUAAAAAUAUAAUUGUAAUAAUUUUAAUAAAUUUACCAAUAUUCGUUCCUCGCGAGCGAAAGUCUAUUUUUUUCGCAAGUUUUUGUUAAAGAAAAGCGUGAAAACCACACGCACGCACGUAUAAAUUUUAUGAAAGCUGCUGAUUUAAGCGAUUGACAGUAUCUUGAAUGAAAAUAUACAAACACAAAGGAUAUUAAUACAAACAAAUAAAUUCGAUAAGAAAUUAGAUAUAUCUAAAAUUAGAUAUACGUUAAGAAACACUUCUUACAGAGAUAAUCUAUACAUUACGAAAGCUAUUUUAAUUAUGUAUGAAAUUGGUUUGUUAAUAAAAAUUAAAAGAGAAAAAAUUGUGAAUUAUGUAUGAUGAAUCGUAUUUUUAGUGCACUUAAAGUGCACUUUAAAUAUUCUCAGAUUUUAUUUUGCAAACGAGUUGAAUACAAUAUCUGUAUCUGAAUAAAUUUAUUGUUAUGUAAGAGUGAA